AUGGAGUGGUUAUUUGGGAAACGUAUUACGCCGGAAGAAAUGUUGAGGAAAAAUCAACGUGCCCUCAACAAAGCUAUGCGGGACCUUGACAGGGAAAAAAUGCGGAUGGAACAGCAGGAGAAGAAGAUCAUAGCUGAUAUUAAAAAACUUGCCAAGGAGGGACAAAUGGAUGCUGUCAAGAUAAUGGCAAAAGAUCUCGUUAGAACUAGACGUUACGUUAAGAAGUUUAUGUUGAUGAAAGCUAACAUCCAAGCGGUAUCGUUGAAGAUCCAAACGUUGCGUUCGCAAAACACGAUGGCACAAGCUAUGAAGGGUGUAACGAGAGCAAUGCAGAGCAUGAACAAGCAACUUAAUCUUCCACAAAUACAGAAGAUAUUGCAGGAGUUUGAGAAACAGUCGGAAAUUAUGGAUAUGAAGGAGGAAAUCAUGAACGACGCGAUAGACGACGCGAUGGAAGAUGAAGGAGACGAGGAAGAAAGCGAUGCAGUUGUCUCGCAAGUGUUAGACGAAUUGGGGCUGCAAUUAACGGAUCAACUUUCGGGUUUACCACAAGCUGCCGGCUCCUUGAGUGUGGCAGGUUCGAAACAACCUGUGGCUGCUGCUGCAGGAACUGCCGACGAGUCAAACAAUCUAGCAGAUGCCGAUGCCGAUCUGCAGGCCAGAUUGGAAAAUUUACGCCGAGAGUAAAAGUAUUUUUUUUUUUCCUUCAUUGGAUAUUUGUAUAAUUAAUUUGUCAGAAUUUUGCUUUAUACUUGUGAUAACGUUUUCUUAAGGGAGCGGAACUUACCGCACCGGUACUCGAAGAAAGCUAAAUCGAUGCAUUGACACCGCUCCCUUAAAAGCCCUUACGUCUCGAAGGGGUUGCAAGAAUUUAAUAAUUAACUAAAGAUUCGGUACCAGAGACCGGAGUUGCUGUACAUUAAAAUCGAACGUGCACUUUUCACCGCGUAGAAUAAUCUUUGACUAAGGACGUGGGGUUUUAUAAUUUUGCUAUAAAGUAGAAUCGUUGCAGCGGUCGCACGUUUGUGUAUAGAAUAAUGCCCAGAAAUUGUUAUUUCCGGUUAGAAUAGGAGAAACUAAUUAAAAAUGGGUGGAACGUUGCCGAGAGAGGCAGAGGAAAGGCAGGGUUCGAAAGGUCUACAAAGACUGCUUGCAAUCUGCAAUAUAUAUAUAUAUAUAUUAUUUAAUGUGAAUAUCUUAGGAAUUAUAAUUAACUAGUGGACUAAAGUUAUGUACAGGAGAUCUCUUCGUUCCGUAUUAAAUAUACAUACGUAUGGCACUUUGUA